AUGGAGGGCGUUCGCCAGAAAUGUCGACCUAAACAUCAGGUCCUUGUCCUGAAAUGCUACCCGCAAUACCAGAAAGGGAUCGCGCAAGUCAAACCGAACCCGAGUGAACUGUCCUACCUUCUCUACUAUGUCAGCACCCGCCGCAGCAAAUUGACCAAGGUCGGCGCCUUCCUGGAGAAGCGGGCCGCUCGCGACGUGUGGCGUCGUAAAAUUGGAAACGUGCAGGUAACGCUUCAAAUCCUCAGCGCGUUGAUCGAAAAAGUCCCCCGCGAUCUGCCGAUUUACGUCCGCUCCGUCCUGACCGUCCUCGAAACCGUCAUCCGAUCCAAUGAGGUCUCCUUGGUGGAGGAUUCGAUCCCGACCUUCGAGACCCUCUGCCAGCAUCAGGACAUGGCCGCGCUGUCCGCCGAACAAGAAUUCGCCAGCCAGUACCGGGAAGUCGUGCGAACCUACGCGAGCUUUGCCGACUCCCAACGGUUACCCCAGCCGAAGACGGUCCAGACCCCUCAGAUGUCCAUCCGGUGGAAGAACGUGGGCCUGCAGGCGAUUCAGGGGGUGGUCAGUUCGGAGGCGGGCCUCGCGGCCGACGGGGGGGAUUCGCUCAAGGUCAUCCUGCCCGUGAUCUUGGAGAACCUCUACAAUGGCGACGAUGACUUGCUCACCACCCUGGAGCACCACUUGCAUGAGGCGGAACGGCCAGACCCCAUCCCGACCCACCGACGGAGGAUCAGCACGGCCACCGUGGAGACCGUGGACACUGUGGAAGGCGACCCGGCCCUGGCAGCGCGCUCCACGGCCGACGCCGAUAGAAAGGCCGAGAUGGAUAUGAGGCUGCUGGCCCUCCGAUGCUUGGAACGCAUCGUGGUCACCGGGAGCAGCCGCGGCCAGAUCCGGGUGACCACCAAGGUCGUGCUGGACUUCAUCCUCCGGAGGGGCCAGGCGAGCAAGCAAAGCUUGUCGCUGGACGCCAAGGACAGCUGGGAUACGGCGCUGAUCGAGCUCGUCGCCAAAUGGUGCCCCGUGCAAGUGCGAUUCAUCAUUCUGGCCGCUGCGAUGGAAUUCCUCCUGGAUACGAAGCCGUCCGACAAGCCCUUGGAUGCGGGGUUCACUGUCGUAUUCAUGAUCGAUUGGCUGCUCAAAUCCCCCGUGAGUAUGAUCGGGCUGAGCGUCAUUGACAUCCUGCUGGGCCUCUUGCGGUACGUGUCGUCCUUGCCCGCCCUCGAAGCAGACGCCGCCAAGGAACUCGAGCAGCGCGAUCGUCAAGCACUGUCGGCUCGGAAGUCGGAAUUACACGCUCUCCUCCAGCGAUGCAUCGGUGACCUUGCGACACACAUCUACUACGGCGAGCAAGUCAGCGACAUGAUUCGGGCGAUCCUGACCCGCAUCAAUCCGUCGUCGGGGGAUGAGUCGGCAACGGCAUCGGUCCCGAUCCAGACCGACUCGGUGGGGUUGUCACCCACCCCCGUCGUGGGUGGAGAGACCGACCACAUGGCGCUCCAGGGCGACGCCAAGAGCACGGCGUUGAAGUCUAUCAAAAGCGUCCUACUGGUGGCGAGCUCGAAGAGGCCCGAAUCAGCGGUCGUCGAGACGCGACAGCCGGUGGGCAUCCACACGUGGCAGGGGACCCAGUGGUUGUUACGCGAUCCGGAACGCGAGGUCCGUUUUGCCUAUGCGGAUGCCUUUUUGGCGUGGCUGGUGCUGGAGACCAACCACAACGACUUGAGCGUGAAGGAUCGCGCUGGCAGACUCUCCAGCCCGUCGCCACGGCGCGAUCUUCCCGAUAUCGCCGAGCAGCCCGGCAAGCGCAGUGGGCCGUCCGGGAACCACAGGGAAAAGGCACUGCAAGCGGCCCAGUCGAACUUCCUCCGUCUGUUUCAUCUGACCGUGUAUGAUAUCGCGCUGGAGUGUGCCACCGAUGAAGCGGAAAUCAUGCUCCUUCACCUCCUUCUCACCAGUCUCGUUGACCGUCUCGGCGUGAACGCUGCCCGGUUCGGGUUCCCCAUGAUCUUAAGGCUUCAGGACGACAUGGGCCGCCUGGGUUCAUCGGAGGCCCAGAUCAACCUUGGAAGCUUGGUCCAUGGCUAUCUGUGGGCGCUGUCGGAGCGGUUCCAGCUGGGAAGCUCCCAGGUGACCAAUGACAUCUUGAAUGAGAUUGGAAAGAGGCAACGAUCGUGUCUGUGGCUUCAGCAGAUCCGAUUGCCGGCCGAGAGCCUGCACUAUAUCACCCAGCACCACGGCCGCGCGGCCGUCAAAGGUAGUAUGGGGAACCCGGCUCUUAUGACUCCGUUCCGCGAGGUCCCAGAAUUUGUGUCCCGCAUUGAGGAAGCAUACAAUGACUCCGUCCUCUCCUCGGCUCAAAGCCCUCCCGGAUCGCCGGGACGAAACCUCGCUGCGCCGGUUCUGCCCCAUGUGUCGGCCACGGGGGCGGGGGCCCCGCCCCGCGGCAAUCUUCUGCCGCUGGUCGCUAAGGAGCAGAUGUUGUCGACGUGGUCCCGGGAAGCCUGUUUGGCGGCUGCCGACAGGGAGAAGACCGAGGCCAUGUCGAUCACUGGCUCCCGAGCCGGCACGCUGGCGGCGCGGCAUCAUGCGCACCUGAAUGGCAAUGAAGGCAGCACCUCUUCCAACCACUCCCCGGCCUCCGCCCACCCAGGUGCAGCAGGCCUGCAAAGCUUCCGCCGGAUGAGCGCUACUGAUUCCCGGUCCACUUUCCAUUCCAGCCGGGACUCUCCUGUCCAUGUCACCGAAUUGCGACGGGCUCUCACCAUCAACAAAGACGACCAGAACCGACGAUUGAGUCCCCUUCGGGGCCGACUCGCCUCCACGGGCAGCGUCCGUUCCUCCAGCAGUGAGAGCAUGGUCAGUGGAUAUUCGCUGUCCCAACUCGAUGGCGACGGCGGCUCCGUCCGGCCGCAAAUCACGCGCGAUGGAUGGGAGAUGGAUGGAGACGGCGUGGAAACACCGCGGGCUUCCAAAAUGCCCGUGACCGACACCGACGGGCGUCAGUCUCAGCGGCUGCCAAACGGAGCCCAAAUCCCCCCCGUGCCCCCACUGCCCCCGUCGCUCUCCAUCCCCGGCUGUUUCCCGAACGACUCAGAGCGAUCCCUUAACUCGGACCGGCCGUCGACCGCACCCGGGCCCAACAUGUUCCUGGCAAACGGCACGGCAGGGGCCCCGGACGCGCAGUAUAACCACACGCUCGACCGGCACAAGAGCCGCUCCAGCUCCGGCCUUAACGGGACGGCCAACGGCGCCAGCACCACCAUCGACGGUGCCGAGUUCUCCAUCGUCACGUCUCUCCAUCGAUCUGGCGAGGACGCGGACAUGGAGCAGCGGCGCGAAGUCCAAAAGCUCUUGGAUGGAUUCCUCUCGCCGAUGAAUUCCGACGCCCGUCCCAGCACUGCCAGGGUGCGACGGGGUUAUAACGGCCGUCGGAGCGUCAGCGGGGGGAUCGGACGUCCGCCUUAUUAG